GAAGAUUUGGUGGUUCCCGACUCAUUGAAGGAAGCACAACUCUCGUUAAGAUUGAACAUUUCCACUAUACGCGAUUUCAUCCAUCAGGUCGAAAGACUGAAAAUCCUGCGUGAUCAAAAGUUAGGCCUAUCCGCCGAAGUUCAAUCGAAGAUGUCUCGAAAGUCGGAGCACGGGUUAGCGGAUUCGGAAUUUAGGAGGUAUAACGAACUUGAGAAGAAAUUCGGACUGGAUUGGGAGAAAGCCGACGUGAUAAUUGAUCUCUCUGACGUAGCACAGGAUAAGCAACCCACUGUUGAUGGUGACAAAAGCAUGAACGUCGACAUCGAACGCGCAUCCUCCGAGCGACACAUGCAAGUAUUGAAGAUCAUGAUGGAGGAGACGGACCUGAUCUCGAUGGACUACGACGAUGAAGAUAAUUGUGAAUUUCACCGUAGGUUCCAUUACAAAAAGCACAAGAAUUACAGCGAUCACGGUCGUAACACGAAAAAACAAAAAUUAACGAAUGCAGAUAGCACGAACAUCAUCGAACACUUGAAAAGGUUGCAAAAUAGGCUGUCUGGACACGUAAAUGAUCUUGAGAAUUUGACCACACUAAUUACUUUAUCUGGCGGAUGA